AAAAUGCCUAAGAAGAUGGGAAUAAAUAGUAAGGCCGUUGAGGCACGUGAACGCAAGGCUGCUGCAAAACAGGCUACUCAAUCGAAACUUGCCAAGGAAGCAGAAGAUCGUCUUUGGAAGGAUGAUGAUAAAACUUUGGCCAAGAAGCAGCAAAAACGUGAAGAGGAAGAACGGAAACGAGCUGAGGCAGCCAGGAGGAAGGCAGAAGCAAAGGCACUAUUGGAUCAAGAAAUGAAUUCCAUUAAAACACAGGGUAAACAACCAUUGGCGAAAAUCAAUCGUCAACAGGUCUUGGAAGAAAUGGAAAAGAAACAGAGGGCACUGGAAGCCAUUGCAGCGGCUAAUAAGCCACAGGCUCGUGUUGUGGUCCAGACAAAUUAUAUUGAAGAGAAUCUUAAUAGAUCCAUGGCCGAUGUUGAGGUUGCCUCCACUGUUGAUCAGGCUUUGGCGGUGCUGAGUGUCAAGGACGAUGAAGAAGAUAAACAUCCCGAGAAACGUAUGAGAGCCGCCUACAAGGCAUUUGAAGCUGCAAACCUGCCUCGCAUUAAAGCUGAAAAUCCAUCUUUGCGUUUGUCCCAAUGGAAACAAAUUCUAAUGAAAGAAUGGAACAAAUCACCCGAUAAUCCAUUCAAUCAGGCUCGUUAAAAUAAUAAGGCAA